AUAAACAAAAAAUUUGUUUUAAAUACUCGUAGUAAAGUCCAGUUAGGCCCCACAUCGUGUCGGGUAAAGAAGUGGCGACCAUGAUAGCAAAAACUUUAUUGUUGAUCGCUACGCUGGCGGCAGCUCCAGUGCUGGGUGACUGGACUGGCGGCCUCCGAGUGAGGUUCGGCGUGGGUUUUUCGGGCUACUUUAUGUCCCAGCCUCGCAGCAUAUCCGAGGCCAAGACCAGCCGAUGGCAGCAAGUGGCCCGCCCCGAGGGACCCUUGGAAUCCCUCGUCAUGUACUGUCCCGCUGACUACAUCUUCUGCGUGCUGUUUGACGAUACUGAAUACAUCGCUGGCAUACAAAUUGCGAUACCAGAAGACAAGUACACAGACAGUGUGCUCGACUGGGACAUCCAGGGCUUCACGAGGUGGACCCCGGCCGGCUCCAACUCCACCUUCUGGACCCUCCAACAAUACUUUGUCGAUGAAGCUAUCCUCUCCAGAAGCCUAGAUGAGCGUCUAGCAUCCUAUGACAGGUCCAAGACAAUCCAGCAUGGCAAAGUGUGGCUGACAGGCAUAAACAAGGAGCUUCUAGAAAUUACCACUUCGGAGACUGACAUCGCAGAUAGCAUUUUCACUAAACAAGCAUGCAUCCCUCUCAUGGGUCACCACUACUACUACAACAUGACUUCUUCCGCUGAAUGCACAUCCGAGGCCAUGUACCCUUGGUUCCCGUUGGUGGCGUCAGGAGAGCUCAUCGGGAUGGGUUUCGUCACCGUCGGGAAAUUGCCCGAGGACUCUUUGCAGACAGACUACUUCGAAAGACCGAAUAGGGCAGCUGUUCGGCUGAUCGUGCCCCGCGGCCCGGACUGCCUGUAUGACCUGAGCCAGUCCCCUGGAAUGGUCACCAUGCACAUCUACUACAUACACAAUCCACUGCUGCUUACCUGCAUCUUACAAUAAUUUGGCUGAGCAGCGCGUAGGAAGUCCAAGGUGAUUAAAAACCUGAUGUAUUAGCACAAUAUUGACCGCGUCGCUGUAAAAUGACAAUUUACUAUGAAAUUUAAAAAAUAAAUCUAUUGCAAGAA